AUGGAACAAGAGACUGAUCUGUUGCAAAAUUCACCCCGCACAUCGCGAGCAUGUGACAGGUGUCGCCGUCAGAAGCUCAAGUGUGACAACUCACGUCCUUGCGUGCUCUGUACUCGCGCUGGAUAUAAAUGCGAAACAUCCCAGCACACAGCGAAACGGACUCGCAGACCAAAUUCAGGGGGCAGAGAUCUGCAUGUGCAUUCUAGAAUACACAAAACAAUCGCACCAGCAACACACAAGAAUCACAUCUCUCCCCAUGGCGCCAGAGGAGUCGAGAUACCGUAUACCAGAGAAACUUCAACAUCCUAUCCAGAGCGCUCUCAAAAACAACCGCAGUCUGGUGCCAAUGCAUCCGCGAUUGACUUCGCUAGACGAGUCUUCAAUGAGGAAGAAGCUGGUCGGACUCUGACCGGUGCAUCAAUCCCUGGUGAUACGGGAGAUCCGACCUUGGAUAAUUCAUUAUGGCAUUUAACAGAAGUAGAGCUUCCACCAGAAGCCGUGAUGUUAGCAUUAAUUGACGCCUAUUUCGACCGAAUGCAAUGGUUCAUCUUGAUGCUCCACGAGCCUUCAUUCCGGCAGACUGCACGCAGGAUAAUUUCUCAGACCUCAUGGAGCCGCCAAGAUCUCAGUCCUACCAUGCUUAUCUUGGCAGUGACUAUGAUUGGGCUUCAUUCUGUGCUACCAGAUCAGAGAUGGCCUGGACACGCAUUGUUGCGAGAACAUUCCGUUGACGGGGAGAAGUUGAUGCACGGUUUGACCAAUGAGAUACGACGGAAUCUGCUCGAUAUCUCCAUCGACUGUCAAAUUGAAGCUGUCCAGGUUUGCUUCUUGGUGUCCUCCUAUUAUGUCUAUCAUAGUUCGCCCAGCAUUGCGUGGACUGUCUCUGGUAUGGCUGUGAGGUCUGCCUAUGCCCUUCACCUUUAUACAAAAUCCGCCCAGUAUGAGAACCCAGUUGUGGAUGAGAUUCGCUCGCGCUGUUGGAAUCAUGCUAUUGUCGGUGACACGUUCACGUCUAUCGUCUAUGGGCGACCUUCCUCUAUUGAUACUGGACUUGUCGCUUUGCAUUCGCUCAGAGACAUGGAUGACCUGGCCAUUGAUCCACUUCUACUGAAAAAUGAAUGGAUAUCUGGUGACGGAAUGCCGACAACGACAGCUGGCUUUUUUGCUAUGAAAUCCGAAAUCUAUAACAUCAUUCGACACAUCCUUUCGCGGUUUCGUCGUCUCCAAUUAAGAAAAGAGACGAUAGAAGAGGACCUCCUGGUAAUUGCAGAAGCCGCACAAGACUCGGAGGAACAAUUAGUCUCCUGGCGCAAACGGAUUCCCCGGUUGUUCGAUUUCGAGUUUUGGAGCUGCGACAAUCGCCUAGAGCAGUUCCAACAGCAGAUCGAAGGGUUACCGCGGCGCGCAAAAUAUCAAGCAGAAACGAUCAUCUUGCAGGCGGCUACCCUCCAAUUGACAUACGAUGGAGCUCUGAUACAAGCCCGUCGCCCUUUACUUGAGCAGAAAAUCACCUGUUCUUGCUCACGGUUGGUGGUAGACGCAAUCCACGAGUCAUUGAGAGUGGCCACUGCAGCUGCACUGCGAAUAUCUCGCAUUCCGGUCCUUCGUUUCAAGCAUCAUUUCGCUGAAUCUUUCGCUUCUUUACAGCAAUUUACUGCAGGCGUCAUCCUUUGCAUCCUACCGACCAGUCAACCUUUUACUACAGCGGCACACGAGGCCAAGACUGGAAUCAUGCGUAUUAUCCAUGCCAGCGCAGCCUUUGGGCCCCACAAUCGUAUCGCCAAGCAGACUGCACAGCUUCUGACGGAGUUGCUGAAAGUAACUAUCGAGCGAGAGAUGUCCGGUGCCUUGAGAGGGGGACUGGAAACAAAUUUUCCCAGGGAUAUGUCUGAGAAGGGUGCCAUUCAGGGUGUACAACAGUCCCGGAUCGACCCUGCUGGGAGCCAUUCGCCGUCCUCGCGAGAUGCCUUCUGUGAUCGUCCUCCAAUAUCAGCAAUCCACGCACCACAGCCUCCAGACACGCCCCAGUCAAUACAAGACCAUGGUAGGGUAAGCGACAGGCUAGUCCAAGAACCCGUCGAACCGUCUGAAUACCCCUCGGCGAAUAUCUUCGAACAACUUGACGAUACAUUUGGUGCCUUUGGUGAGCUUAUGUUCAACCUGAUACCUGAUGACCAAAGUAGUGCUUGGAAUUGGGGGCGUACGGUCCCAUAG